AUGCCCGAGACCAAGUACCUGGAGACAGAGAUCACGCUGUCGCCACAGUCCGAGCCAGCAAGCACCAAAUUCCCUGCUAAGCUGGCAUACUGGACGUUCGGGAACGUCUCGAAUCCAGCAGUUCUGCUGCCCACCUGCUAUGGAGGCUCCCUGGAGACCACAACACCGUUCUUGUACUCCGAUGGUCAUACAUCUGACCCCAUCUUUCCACCGUCGAAGUACUUCGUCAUAGUAACGGGAUUACUCGGAGGCGGCGAGUCGUCAUCGCCUUCCAAUACGCCAGCACCAUUUGAUGGUCCGAACUUCCCUCAUACGACGUAUGAAGACAACAUUAGACUACAACAUGCCCUGUGCGAGAGUCUCGGCGUCAAGAAACUCUUCGCCUACAUCGGCUUCAGCAUGGGCGGCCAGCAGGCUUAUCACAUGAGCACGCUCUACCCGGAGUUCGUGGAGAACAUGGUCUGCUUAGCCGGCAGUGCAAGGACGAGCUGGCAUAACUGGAGCUUCUUGGAAGGUCCGAAGCAUGCUCUCAUCACCGCCGUGGACUUUGAGGGCGGGCAUUACAAGCAGCCGGCGAAGCAGGGUCUCAAAGCGUUCAGCCGGGUAUACUCUACCUGGGCGCUGUCCCAGCAGUGGUUUAGGGAGGAGUGCUGGAAGGAAGUUGGGUUCAACUCUGCUCCUGAGUAUCUGGAAGCGAACUGGUCUGGUCUCGGGAAAGACGCAAAUGACCUCUUGUGUCUGCUGUGGACGUGGCAGAAGGGCAACAUCUGUCUGUACUACCCGGAAGACAAGAAUGAUCUGGCAAAGACGCUCGGGAGGAUCAAAGCGAGAUGUCUCAUCUUUCCUUCGAGAACGGAUCAAUACUUUCCGCCAGAGGACAACGAGGAGGAGGUCAAGCACUUGAAGCAUGGCGAGUUUCGGUGCAUUGAGACUCCUUUCGGCCAUAUCGCUGGUGGAGGAAGUGGUCGGAAAGCGGAUACGGAGUACAUCAUUAAGGAGAUCAAGAGCUUCUUGAAGAUAUAA